AUGGCUGUCGCUACCAUGGUAACGGUGGUUUUUAACUCUCUGGGCGGUGCUCGCGACAUAAGUCGCGCCACCUUUCCAGUCUGGAAAGAUGUCACCCAAGAUGAGAUGAGAGCCUUUUUAGCUCUGAUAAUUGCCACAGGACUCGUCAAGAAAGAUGAUUUGGAUAAAUUUUGGUCUACUGAUUCGAUCAUCUGCACGCCUUUCUUCUCGACGCACAUGUCUCUCAAACGUUUUGAGAACAUUCUCUCAAAUUUACAUCUUGUCGAUAACAAUGAUGAUGACAAAACUGAUCCCUUGUUCAAGGUCCGACCAUUCUUUGUCCACCUCAGACAAAAGUUUGUAGAUGCCUAUUCAGCGGGACAAAAUCUAAGUUUUGACGAAGCUACAUGUGCUGUCAAAGGUCAAGGCCGCCUUCGUUUCAAGGUCUACAACCCUAAAAAACCAGCCAAGUUCGGAAUAAAAAUUUAUGAAGUCUGCGAGUCUGAGUCUGGAUAUUUGUCGAGUAUGAAUGUUUACACCGGGGGAGAAGCAGAGGAAACUUUUUCUUCUUUGGCUGGUGUAUCAGAGGAGUGUUGUACCACUACAAAGCUUGUAGUAGGAUUGCUCGCUUACUGUGGACUGCUAAAUAAAGGGCACCAUGUCUACCUAGACAAUUAUUACGUCUCACCGGAUCUCUUCGAUGAGCUGCAUUUACUUGGGACUGGUGCAUGCGGUACAGUGAGGACCAACAGGAAAGAAAAGCCUGAUGCCAUAAAGAAAAAAGCUGGUAUCAAGCUCUCACAAGGAGAAACAAUUUUUAGGCAGAGAGACAACUUACUUGCCCUACGACAUAUGGACAAGCGUGACGUUCAUAUGCUGUCCACCAUCCACGACGCAAAUCUCGUCACUCUCAGCAAAAAGGUCCAUGCAGGCAACCCGAUCGUUAAACCUGAAGUGAUGGUUCAGUAUGUAAAGAACAUGGGAGGGGUGUAUCUGAGUGACCAACUUAUGAAGAACUAUGCGUGCAUUCGGAGGUCUGUGAAAUGGUGGAGGAAAUUUUUCAUGCAUCUUUUUUGUGCUACAUUGUGCAACUCCUACAUUUUGUACAAGAAGACAGUGAGAAACCCUGUUGACCACUUCCAAUUUAGGAGCCAGAUUGUAAAAUCUUUGCUGUUGGCUGCACCAGGUAACCCAGGACCCUCCAGUAGUGGCAGAAAGUUAUCUGAGGUGCCAGAGAGACUGAACCGAAAUUUUCCCCAUUUUCCCAAAUAUUGUGAGCCGAAGCCCGGAGCCAAGCGACAGAAACCGAUGAGAGACUGUGUUGUGUGCAAUAUUCCCAAAUCUUCUAGAAAUGGCUGUAAAAGGACACAACCAUCAUUUGAAUGCAAGCACUGCAAGGUUCCCCUCUGCAUUCCAGAGUGUUUUGAAGCAUUUCACACAAAGUUGGAAUACAAACCGAGAAAUUAA